GGCUGCCAUCCCCGUCCCAUCUUCACCCUUUUCCUCGCCUUUCCUCUCCUUCAACAUUUCCCCCGUUCUGUAAUCAUCAGCUCGACCUUUCUAUCCCUCACAUUUCUUCACAGCACAAGCUCAAUUAGCACGCUUUUCACCAUCAUAUUUUGCCUCUGGCGCUGGUUAACACGCCUGGCUCCACCCAUCAUCUUCACCACGCUCCCAACAUCGCAAAGCGGCUUCAAGAUGAAUCCAAUGACUCCGCCGCUGGCGGCGCCUCACGCACCUGCGCAGUCAUGCGAACUUCAAGAGUUGACCUCUCCAUCUGACUCUGGCAAUGAUUCGAGUGUGGCCGUCUUCACCCAAAGCGACGUGCCCACGUCUCCGGCCAGUACCCGCGGUGCCACUGACGUCGAACAUACCAGUACUCCUGCAACGCCCAUGUUCGCAGGUCUAUUUGAUCUCCACCAAGCUCCUGCCGUGACCGAAGCGUCGACUAGUCCCUCCAGCCUUGGCAAUGUGCCUACUAAGGCACCGAGCUACGACUUCAGACACAGUGCCGGAGGCAAAGACCAUGUCAGACCUGUUCGUGACAGAGCUCCAACCCUCACCGCUUCUAGCUCCAGUCCACCAGUCUUGACGGACAUGGUUGACGAGACAGUCCCACACCAUGCAGGCGCCCGUGGCGCCCCCGUCGUUCAGAGAUCCCUUGACGAUCAGAGCCAUCUGUUUGCAGCCAAUGCCGCUUUCCAUGCCACAACUCCACACAACAGUCCUAGGGAUUCGUACGAGAAGCUGAACUCGAAUGGCACCGUCGUUGUCAGUCAGAGGCGCCCGACGUACAGUCCUCGUCAGGAUCGCAAAGGCCAAAUGGUUACCGAAGACAAUGCCCAAUCUCACUACAAGCCGGAGUGUUGCAUCUUUGUGGCCAAUCUCCCAAACACCAGAGCCGAUGAAGAGCUCUCCCGAGCUAUGCUUGACGCCUUCUCCAAGUUUGGCGAAUGCCACGUGAAGCUGAAGCGUGACCGUGGCAUGCCGAUUGCCUUUGUCCAGUAUCACAGCACUGGCGAUGCUACCACUGCUCUGGAAGAAGGCUCAAAGCUCUACAUCCUUGGCCGUCCAUGCAGGACCGAGCGCGCAAAGGCUCCGCGAUGCGUCUAUGUGUCCCGUCGCGACGGAACGCAGCCAACCGAGGAGGAGGUUGCGCGCCUCUUGGAGAAAAGCGGCGAGCUCGAAAAGAUGUGGAUCCCUUCAGAGACGGAUCGUGAAAUCCAUCGCCUUCCACCCGGUGUCUUCGUUCGUUUUGCUUACUACCAGGAUGCUGUGGAGGCGGUUACACUUCUUAGGCGCAUUCCAGGAUACCAUGUUGAGUCACACCAGAUGCCGAAGGAUCAGACUUGGGUUUUCGACAAGCGGUCCAUUUGUCGCUCUCCAAAUGAAAGAUGCACGGCACCUGUGUACAACCCGCUGAGGGACGACAACUUGGCAGUAUGGGUCGGCGAUCUUCCGGAAACAGUAACAAAAGCAGAGUUGGCUAGAGUUUUUGGAGGCCCGGGACGUGAGAUUGCGCAUAUAGAUCUGCGCAUACGCGCUUUAUCGGCGCUUAGCACUAGGAAUUCGAGCUACGCUUGCAUUCAUUACUACAACCCUCGUGCCUCGUACCUCGCCGCUUUCCUGACGCACCAAAAUCUCCGCCUCCUCAACGGGCGCAUGGUCCGCGUUCAGUUUGCGCGCAAAGCUUAUCCGCAUGUCCCUCCCAUCUCGUACAAUGGAUACAACAACAAGGACAGCGGCUUCAACCCCAAGUUCGGCGGUGUCGGAAACCGUGGCUUUCAGUUUGCUCCUGCCGACGCGUAUGCUGUUGGAUCCAACCAAGGAAUCCUCGGCAACGGUCUUGGAUAUCAUGCCCCGCCCAACUACUACGAUAACAUCUUAGUGGACAAGAGUAUCAUCAGCUAUACUCCUGCGAGCACCGGUCCCUUUGGAUACUACGCCUUUCCAUACACCGCUGCCAUUGGUGGAGCUCAGUACCCAACCACUCCCACUCAUCUCCCAGUGAUGGAUCCUUCGUCCUUCGCUUCCGACGGGAACUCCUUCAUGUCCUAGAGAAGCCUAAUGCGGAUACCAUGCAUGGUACGACCGCAUGCGCGAAGCAAAUCCACAGGCUCUCGACACUUGCUACGAGUGAUUACUCUGCACGUAUCUACUUCCACCACGUCUCAUGACCAGCUCUCUCGCUACUUUGCUCAAUUUCUCUCAGCACUGGGAAUCUGUGUGCGGGCGUUUUUCGAUUCAAGCAUAUCUAUUUUCUUUCU